AUGGAAAUAAAGCCUCUCAUGAUGUGCUUGGCUGCUGCACUCAUGGCAGUAUGUCAUGGUUGUGCUACAGGAAAGGAGUUCAUCACAACAUUUCUUCCUAACUACCUGCGUACUGCUGAAAAAGACCACCAUCUCCAUGUGGUUUUGACUGCUCACAGGUCUGAAGCCAGUGUUCAUAUACAGGUGGCUUCAGUGGAUUUCUCCAGGCAGCUGACCCUGUCUGCAGGUGAAAGCCGGUGGGUUUCUCUUCCAUGUGGAUCUGAGCUGCAAGAGCAGUUUGUUACUCCAAACUCAGCAGUACGAAUCUCAUCUAGUGCUGAAAUCUCUGUGGUCUCUUUCAACCGUCGCCACGCCACAGGAGAUGGCACAGUGGUUUCCCCAACAGCAGAGCUUGGUACUGACUACUUUGUGUUCACACCCUCAGGAAGCAUUAAGCACAUGGACAGGCUACUGGCUAUCGUUAAUGGCAAUAGCUACAACCAGAUCACCAUCUUACCUGGUGCUGAUUUGUAUCUAAGAGGUGGAUCUAGGUGGCAGCGUGGAAAAGCAGUGACUUUUAUCCUGGCACCCUAUGAAUCCUACCUUGUACGAAGUCAUACAACCUUGACAGGCAUGCGGAUUCAAUCUCAGAAUCCUGUAGCGGUCUUGGCAGGCCACCAGUGUCUGUCUUUGGGUUCGAAGUGUGAACAUGUGUAUGAACAGCUUCCUCCUUUGGCAAGCCUUGGUAAAGAAUACAUGGUACCCACGACCAGCAACUGUAAGGCCACAAACUGGGCAGUGAUAGUAGCUACUGAAGACAACACUGAGGUGACACUGCACAAGGGAAAACUCUUAAGCAAACAGAAACUAAGGAUGGCGGGAGAUGUCACCUUGCAGAAAGUGAUCUUCAAACAUCCACUGGUUCUCAAGAGUGACAAGAAAGUAAUGGUGCUGCUUCUUAGCAACAAUAAACCAAAUGACCCUUUUCUGAUAACGCUGACUCCUACCUGCAAGCUUGCUACUGAUUGGGCAGUUGAGACAGUGGGCGGGAUUCCCAGUACUGUUGCCAUCCUGUCAGAGAGGGAGGGGGCAGGUAGUGUGAAGGUGUGUCUUAAGGCUCGGUGCCAUUCACCUAAGUGGAGAAGCUUCUUGUCAGAUAAGCGCUGGGUGUGGUCCAAUGUACCAGUGGGGAAAGAACAGAGUCAUGUGACAGUGGAAGGUGAUGCCCGUAUGGCAGUCUACAUCUAUGGUGGGAAAUACCGCCAUGCGUAUGGCAUUGCUGGAAUUUGUUCUAAAGGUCACUCCACCCCUGCACCACCCACUGAUCCAUGUGAACAGGUAAAAUGUCGAAUAAAGGAACGCUGUGUGAACGGAGCAUGUGUCCAUAUUUCCACGGCAACCUGCCGUGUGAUAGGUGACCCACACUACUUGACAUUUGAUGGCCGACGCUAUGACUUCCAGGGUUCCUGCACUUACAUUAUGGCAACAGUUGCAAAGACGGCAUCUGACAUUCUGCCUUUCACUGUGAUGACCAAGAAUGACCACAGAGGUAAUCGGCGAGUUUCAUUUGUGAGGACUGUAACUGUCAGUGUUCACAAGCAGACGAUUGUCAUUGGUGGAAAUAGAAGACAAAUACAGGUGAAUGGAGAACUCCAGUACUUGCCUGUCAGUUUGUUGGGUGGCCAGGUCUCGGUAAAGCAGAGUGGAGCCUAUGCUUUCCUCAACACUGACUUUGGUCUGACUGUAAAAUAUGACUGGAACAUGAGGCUGUAUAUCACAGUGCCAUCCUCCUACUAUCAACAUCUCAGAGGCCUCUGUGGAAACUACAAUGGAGACAGCAGAGAUGACCUGCCUGAACCAAGAGGCUCCCAUUUCUCAGCUGUGCUGAAGAUGAUCCAGCAGUGGAAAGUGAAUGAUUCUGAUUUGUUCUGUCAUGAUAACUGUGCUGGUCGCUGCCCCACAUGUUCACUGCAGCAGCAGGCCCACUUCCGCCAACCCAAACUCUGUGGGAUUCUGACAAUGGCAGAUGGACCAUUUUCAGCCUGCCACGAAAAAGUUGACCCCACUUUGUACUUGGACAACUGUGUUUAUGAUGUCUGUGUCAAUAAAGUCCUUUCUUGUCCAGCAGGUAGCCACUAUGAGGCGUGUGGUUCAGCUUGCCCUGGCUCCUGUGUGUCCCCAGACAGUGAAGCGCAAUGUAAAACACCCUGUGUGGAGGGAUGCCAGUGUAAUGAAGGACUGGUGCUUAGUGGAGACAGAUGUGUUUCUAAGUCUAACUGUGGAUGUCAGUAUCUGGGCAGAUAUUAUCCAUCAACCACUAUUUUCUGGGGUGAUAACACCUGCACCACCAGGUGUCAAUGCCUUAAUGGGAAAGCCAAGUGCACAUCAGUUACCUGUAUGAAGAACGAGCACUGUGCCUUGAAGGGGGGUGUAAGGGACUGCUACCCAGAAUCCUACGCAUCAUGCCAGGGCACUGGAGACCCCCACUACCGAAGCUUUGACAAUCGGAGAUUUGAUUUUCAGGGCACUUGCACCUAUAUCCUGUCUCAGCUCAUCAAGGGAUCAGAGCAGAGCCUGGUACCUUUCCAAGUGCUGGUCCAAAAUGAGAACAGAGGGUCUAACAAGGCUGUGUCCUUCACCAAGACUGUCUCUAUUAGUUUAUUUGGUAACUUCACUGUCAGCAUGAGUCAUACCAGUCCAGGACAGAUACUGGUAAACACUCAGUCAGUGAACCUGCCCUACUCCAUGGAAGAUGGCAAGCUUUCCUUGUUCAGGCGGGGUUACUUUGGCAUUGUGACAACAUAUUUUGGUUUGACGCUCAGGUUCAACUGGAACAGCCACAUCAGCUUGACUUUACCCAGUUCAUACUCUAGUUCUACAACUGGAUUGUGUGGAAAUUACAAUGGAAAACCUGCUGAUGACUUACUUAAAUCUGAUGGCACCCAGGCUAAGAACAUAAAUGCUUUUGGACACAGCUGGAAGGCAGGGGGAGAUCCUGGCUGCACUAGUGACUGUCCUAAUGGUAAAUGUCCUGAGUGUGAGCCUUCACUGCUACUGCAUUACCAACAGGGGCGCUACUGUGGCAUCAUCGCUGACAAGUCUGGACCGUUUAGGCAGUGUCACAGUAAACUGGACCACACCCCCUUCCUCAGAGACUGUGUUUUUGAUUUGUGUAUGUACCAAGGCCAUGCCUCUGCCCUAUGCAACAGUCUGUCAGCUUUCAGCACCUUUUGUCAAGAAGCAGGAGCUACAGUGGAGAGUUGGAGAACUGAACAGUUUUGUCCUCCAUCAUGUGGUGCAAACAGUCACUAUGAGCUGUGUGCGUCUCCCUGCCAACUGACCUGCAGUGGUCUUACGCCCCCAGAGGGCUGUGACGCCAGUGCUUUCUGCACAGAAGGCUGCGUGUGUGAUGAUGGAUUCAUGCUGAGUCAUGACAGCUGUGUACCUCUAGCAGAGUGUGGUUGUCAGUAUGAAGGACAGUAUUAUCAAAAUGGACAGGUGUUCUAUCCAGGAGAGUCCUGUAACACUCGUUGUGUUUGUUCAGAUGGUGGAAAAAUACAGUGUGAUCCUAAAUUCCGUUGUUCAACCAAUGAGAAGUGUGUUGUGAAACAGGGUUUUGCCUAUUGUUCUCCCAGAAGUGUUGGUUCCUGUUCUGUGAGUGGGGUCCAAACAGUCAGGUCCUUUGAUGGACAGGAAUAUCCCCUGUGGGGAAACUGUGUGUUCAAAUUGUCAGAAGUGGAGGAGAAGGAAGAAGGGAUGGCAGCCUUCUCUAUAUUGUUACAGCAGCAAACCCAUAAGGAUGAUAGCCUCUCUCGCAGUGUUGAGCUCCUAGUUUAUGACAUGGAAAUUACUAUGGAGACUGGGGUUGUGUGGGAGAUUAAGGUUGAUGACAUUAGAGUCCCCCUUCCUGUGUCGCUGGCUGAUGGAAAAGUACGGGCACAUCAAAAUGGCAUCAACAUCCUCAUUGAAACUGACUUUGAUCUGACGCUGUCCUAUGACACUGUGGCAUCUGUUUUCUUACAAAUCCCAUCGACCUAUCGCAACUCAACUAGUGGUCUCUGUGGCAACUAUAAUGGUGAACUGUAUGAUGACCUGGCAUUAGCCAGUAAGAAGCCAGCAGACGUAGCAGCGGUAUGGGUAGUAAAGAAGGACAACACUACUUGUGAGACCAGCUGUGGGGCCAGUUCCUGCCCUGACUCAGAUGGACAAAAGGUCCCAGAAGCCAAAAAGGCCUGUGACAUCAUCAAAGCUCAGCAAGGCCCAUUUGCAGGCUGCCACUCAACAGUGCCACCCCAGCCAGAUUAUGACGCUUGUGUCAGGGAGCUAUCCACAGGUAAAAGGGGUGCAGAGGUCCUGUGCCGUCACAUCCAGAAUUAUGUUACCGCCUGUCAACUAGCUGGUGCCAAGAUAAGCAAAUGGAGGAGCGACAGCUUCUGUGCUGUGACGUGUCCAGCAGGGAGUCACUAUGAGCUGUGCGCCACUGCCUGCUCCUCCACAUGCUACUCUCUGCAGAGGUCAGAGCCCUGCCCAGUGUGCCAGGAGGGCUGCCAGUGUAAUGACGGCCUCAUGUCUGAUGGAGUCCACUGUGUUCCUGUGGCGAACUGCGGCUGUGUAGUGGAUGGACAAUAUUAUAAGUCGGGUACAACAGUAUUCCUGGAGAACUGCUCAGAGCGCUGUGUCUGCCAGUCUGGACAGUUCAGCUGCAACUCCACAAGCUGUCAGAAGGGGGAGGAGUGUCAAAACAAGGAUGGAACAGUUGGCUGCUAUUCCACAGACCCUUGUUCUGAGGUUGAAUGCAGGGUUAAGGAGCACUGUGAGGCAUCAGAAGGCCAAGGAGUGUGUAUUCCUGAUUCCAAGGCCUUAUGUUGGGCUUUUGGUGACCCACACUACACCACAUUUGAUGGCUGGAGCUACUCAUUCCAGGGAACCUGCACUUACAUCCUUGUCAACACCACAGGUCUUGAUCCCUCCCUGCCAGAAGUAACUGUGACUACUAAGAAUGAGCUCCGUGGUAACGCUGAAGGUUCCUUUGUACGUUCAGCUACUGUGGAGAUGUUGGGCUACCAUAUAACCAUUCCAAGUGAUGACAGGGGAGUGGCUAUUAGCAGCUAUGCUAAAUACUGCUACAGGAAGCUGACAAAAGCUGCUUUGACUGGAGCCAAGAAGUUAAUCUGGUGUGUUGUCAAGGAGACUGGCUGUGGCUGUAACCAUGAUGGCCAAUAUUACCUGCCCGGUGAGGUGUUCUGGGCUGACACAAAGUGUGACAAGAAGUGUGUGUGUGAUGCAGCAACACAAAAGGUGCAAUGUGAGCGGACUGCCUGUCGAACCGGACAGAUAUGCAGUGUCAUAGAUGGAGUCCGAGGCUGUUACCCAAUCAGCUUUAAGAUUUGCACUGCACGCGGAGAUCCACACUUCUACACCUUUGAUGAACGCAAGUUUGACUUUCAGGGCAACUGUGUCUACAAGCUGGCCAGUGUGUGUGGAAAUAGCAACGGUCUGACGCACUUUGAUGUGAACCUGGAAAAUAACAACCGUGGCAACAAAAGAGUGUCAUACGCUAAAGUGGUGACUGUUAAAGUCUAUGGCAACACCUACACACUUUCACUGGACUAUCCAGGCAAAGUACUGGUAGAUGGGCUUGAAAAAUCUCUACCAUUCUCAUCCAAUCAAUCACUGGUCCAGGUUUAUCACAGACACAGACUGGCUGUCCUUGAGACAGAAUUUCUUAAGGUCUCCUUUGACUUCGCGAGUGCAGUGAGGGUGGAGCUGGCAUCUAGUUAUCAAAAUACAACCUGUGGUCUCUGUGGAAACUUUAAUGAUGAUCCUGCUGAUGACCUUAUGCUGCCCAAUGGACAGCUGGCUUCCAAUGCCAAUGAGUUUGGAGUGAGCCAGUGGCUGGCAAACGUAAAGGGCUGCUCCCAUGAGUGUAAAGACUGUGCUCAGCCUCUCCCUCCUGACUUCACACCACCAAGCUACACAUCAGUUUGUGAUGUUAUAACAGCAAAGGAUGGACCCCUGGCUGACUGUGUUGGCCGAGUAGAUUCCAGGCAGUACCACGACGACUGUAUCUAUGACAUGGUGUUUAAUGAUGACAAACAGAAAGCAGCUUGUGACAUCAUCAGCGACUAUGUGGAAGAUUGUCAGAGAAAAGGAGGCUGUGUGAAGUCAUGGAGGACGAGACACUUCUGUUGUAAGUGCUUUGUAAAUGUGUAUUUGGGACAGCAACGGGACCAGCCUAAUUGCCCAGAAACCCUGGAUCCAAGCGAUGAGACCACAGACACAGAGGUUAAUGAGGAAGAGGACCUGGGAGUUCUGGAUGACCAGCGAAGCAUCAUCAUUCACCUCCUUUCCCAGCUCAAACUGGGCAUGGACCUCACACGGGUUUCUAGCAGCACAGAAGCAUGA